UAUAACCACCUCUUUACACGGUUUGAAUUGUUUCAAAAGAUGCGGCUCGAUUUUCAUUCAUCUUAUGAUAUCACGAAUAUUGUAUGCGCUUUGAUUUGGUUACGAAGCGUGGUUUCAUGAAUGAGCGAUUUGAAUGUCGACAUACAGGAUAUAUUAUAGAGUUUUUAACCCGGGAGAGACCUAGCUAUUAAGAAAUGAACAGUUGAUGCAUGUGUAAGGUGGAGUUAAGAUACUAUUUCUAUCCCAAUAUAAUUAUAUGUGUUUACUAAUAGUUAGUCAGUGCAAAUACACAUAUUAGUACAUGUUAUUAAACUUCACAGACGAUUUAAUAUACAAGGUUUAUGUAUCUGAACACGGAAGCAGGGCAUGGUCGGAUAAAUGGCGUUAAAACAGGUUUAUGAUUUGAUCUGGGACGAGCAAUGGUGGUUCCCGAAAAAUGUUUCGGGGCAUAAGUACGGAUGGAAGGAUUUAGUAAACCAACCCGGAUCAAAAACAUACCUGCCGCAAAUAUGGGACAUACAAUGGUCCCUGGCUUUAGGAAUGGCCCUUGUUGCUGUCAGAUAUAUACUGGACAGAAUACUUUUACGACCACUGGCACUUAAACUUGGUAUACAGGAACGGCGUAAACCCGUAUUGGUGCCAAACCCGGUUCUAGAAGCUGCUUACAGACGGACAAAAAAGAAGCCAGUUGAUAUUGAGGUAUUAUCAAAGCAAACAGAUUUGAAUAGGAGACAGAUUGAGGUUUGGUUUAGAAAUAGAAAGAAAGUAGAUUCUCAUACAACUUUACAAAAAUUCUGUGACAGCGGAUGGCAUUUUCUCUUCUAUGCCGUUUCAUUUACCUAUGGCUAUAGCAUUAUAUUAAAUAAACCAUGGUUCAGUAAAACUAUAGACUGCUGGGUGGGAUGGCCGUUACAGAACGUCACCAACGAUGUAUACUGGUAUUAUAUGAUAGAGCUUGCAUUCUACUGGAGCCUGAUAUUUACACUCAUUUAUGACCCAAAGAGAGCAGAUUUCUACCAGAUGUUUAUACAUCACAUUGCCACUAUUGUAUUGAUGAACUUCUCGUGGAUGGUCAAUUUUGUACGAAUUGGAACACUCGUGCUUAUCGUGCACGAUGUUGCAGACCCAUUACUCGAGCUUACAAAGAUGGUUAAUUAUUUAAAGUGGAAGAGAACAACCGACUGUGUAUUUAUUGUCUUUGUUAUUGCUUGGAUUACAUCGAGGCAUAUCAUAUUCCCCUAUGCAAUUUUAUACAGCACAACGUUUGAGAUUAUGACAGUGUUUGGGGAACCAACGUUCUUCAAUUAUUUUUUCAACUUUUUCUUGUACCUACUCCUUGCCCUUGGAUUUAUGUGGACGUACCAUCUCAUAAAAGCCGUCAUCAAGAAAUUGUCCGAAGGGGAGGUAACAGACACGAGGAGCGACACGGAGACAGAAGAAAGUCCACAAGAGAACGGUGCUGCAGUGGCGAACGGAAAAUCUUAACCAAAAUAAUUGUUUAGGAUAAAUUGUAUAAUUGUUAUUUACUUUCAUGGAAAAUAUGUUAUGUAAGAUAAUUCUUAGAAAGAAUUGAGCGUAUGUCGGAGGCAUUUCUGUUUCCUCCAAGAGUAGAUUAUGAACUUGUAAAUCAAAUGUUAAUAAGUAUUUCAUUAUAUGUAUUUAAGGUAACCUUUAAAAAGGUUAACAUUUUGUUUUAUUUAUCUCACACCGGACUGUAAGACUGUUGUUUUUUUUUCUAGCACCGGUGUAAACAGUAGAUUAUCCAGUCUGAUAUGCAAGAAUGUAAUAUAGUAUGUAAUAAUAAUUAAUUGGAGUUGCGUUACAGGCAAUUUUUGACAUUAAAUUUAAUAUAUAUCUAAAUAAAAAGGAUGGGUUUGGAAAGGGUGCCCCGCUCCCUUCCAUGGAUUGAAAAAAAACCACACACAUGCAAAAUGUGGGAGAAAAUGAUAUAAUUUACCAACAUUUUACAUUUUUAACAGUUUUAUGAUAUUCAUUUUUUGCCCUCUAUCCUAAAAUGCUAUUUUUUAAGUCCAAAAUGACUUAAGACUUAACUAGCGGGGUUUCAUGUUAAAACGUAUUGGGGCGGCUGUUGUCGGCUUCUCGUUUUGAUCUAUAAAAUGCAAUUGAAUAUUAAUCAAAAUUCAUUCAGUUAGAAAUAUGUUUAAUAGUAGAAGCAUACAUAAAAUAGAUAUAUAUUUUAGACCUUCGUUAGAGUUUGUAUUGUACGUGCAGGAGGUAAUGCAUAUGCAUCGUGCAUCAUGUCUACAAAUUGAAGGACUUUCAUAGAGCUAUAUUUUUCAAUACCAUCAUCACCAGCGCUUUACUCAAACGGCUUUGCCAAUUAGCCGCUAAUUUAAUAGAAAUUAAUUGGUGUAUUUUAUUAAUGAAAGCGCGACGUUAUUUUACGUAUGCGGGGAUGAGCUUUUCUUGUAAAUCGAUACCAGUUACUUCCCUUUACUUUUGAUUGACGCGGGACUGUUCCAGGUCCAAAGGGACAUAUUUUUAACCUUUCGUUAUCUAGUUUUAUGAACAGAAACCGUAUGCCAUGGUUAUACCUGGCAUAAACAUGGUUUGAUGACGACUUUAUGAAAUUAAAGUCAGAUGUUUAUUACUAGAAUAAUGAAGGAUUUUGUGUUUGACGUCACCAUUUGUUAGAUCGGUCAUUAUGGAAGUGACGUCAUGCCGACCAUAUCGUGCUGUGCGAGCUGUUUCAUGUUGUUGCCAUUCCAAUGAAUUUAUUUGAUGUAAAUAUGUGUUUUUUAUUGUGUUUUUCCCUAUAGAAAAUCGUGGUCAAUGACAUUAAGCCAUGUUGACGUAACAUUUAACGUAACUUUGUGGAUGACGUUACGUCACUCGGAUGUUACAUUAUUGAUGUCAAUAAGAAAUCGUGUUCGAUGGCGUCGCGUAAUGUUCACGUUACAUUCUUCUGUGAAAGAUCACUUUCGACGCCGUAACGAAAUUUAUCACACACCCGUGCCGAUUUUGCGACUCCGUAAAUAUGGUAUUGCACGACCGUGCAUAUAUUUUGACGUGACGUCAUUAGCGUUAUACAAACAUAGUGUAAAGACGCGCUAAAUGUUAGCGUUAUACUAUAGGCGCGUCAAUGAAAAAUAAUUCUUAUUUCGCUUUAAACGGUCUUUAUUUUGGGUAUGUGAUAAACAAAAUAUUAAAUUCGUGUAAGUUCAUUACUGAAUUUAUUGCACUCAUUGAAUAAAAUAAUAUUAUGCUCGCCAGAGGCUCGCAUAAUAUAAUUUUAUUCAACUCGUGCAAAAAUUCAGUAUUGAACUUUCACUCAUUCAAUAUCCUCCAUUUAUUUCAUCUCAUUCCAAAAGUAUUUUUGAAGCAGAAUUUAUUUUGUUGUUUAUAUGUUCCUAAGUGUAAUCAUAAAAUUAUUAACCUAUUUCUUUUUUGAUCUAAUGCUUGCACAAUUUACCAGGUUAUUUAUUUUUAUCAAGCUUUUUAUAUAUCUAUCCCCCUUCCCAUUGCUUUUAGAUGUUUUAUUUGUUAUAAGCAACAGUUCCAUCUAAAUUAUGUGCUCCGAUUCUCUUAAUGUAGACAAACUCUUACCCAUACGUAUGUUCUACCCGGUCGGUGCCGAUUUAAUUAUGUCAUGUUUCUAUUUUUAUCACUAUUCAUUAUCAUAUUUAUUUUUGUAUGAGGUUUUUGCACACGUUCUAUAAUAGUACGUAUUGCAUUCUUAUUCAUAAGUACUAUAAGUAGACAUACCAGCAUCUUUUCCCUACCUCACGUUUUUACAACUUGAUAUUGAACCCUUUUUACAAUUCUGUUUGAUAUCUUUUGAAUAGCUCUGCUUGCUUUUUUAUUCAUUAAAGGCCCUUUAGGACCAAGAAACGCUUUUAUUUUUUUUCUCAAAAUCUUUUUAUUUUUGGUAUUGUUUUAUAGUUUUCAACAAGUUACUCAUUGGCCAAUUACCUAAGUUGUCUUCGUCUUCUGUUCCUUUUUGGCAAAUAGUACAUUUACAACGAUUUAGUAUUUUGUACAGAACUUGAAAAUCUGUUUUGUUUACAUUUUGCUGCUUUUAUUACAUGUUAUUUUACAUCAUGUACAUUAAGCGCUAUUUAAUUCAGGUAACAAGCAUCUAACAUGCGCUAAAGCCAUUAUUUAAACUAUAUUAAAACUUAUGUUUUACCUUUCUGAAGAAGUAAAUAUUUAUUCAUUUCUGAGGCGUAAUGGGCCUUUAAGCGGGACUUUGUAACCUUAACCCCUAACCUGCUGGAACCAAAAAGGCUUAGUCUUUGCCACCAGUAUAGAGCCAGGCCAGUCAGUACAUCUGUGCAGUCUGACCAGGCUCGUGUAGUCUGAUCAGGCUCGAUACUGACACCAAAAUCCCUUUUAAACGUUUAAUGAACUUUUCUAAAUUAAAGCAUUAAAAAGCAAUUCCUCAAUUACUACAGGUUAAGGGUUCUGACGUCAUGACACUGCUUUGUAAAUAAGAGUCAUAUAAAAUCAUAAGUUCAUCAACGAAGUUAAGAUACAAUGAGCCAUCUUGUUUAUUGGUUUAAACAUAUUUGAGCCGUGUCACGACAAAACCAACAUAAUGGGUUUGCGACCAGCAUGGAUCCAGACCAGCCUGCGCAUCCGCGCAGUCUGAUCAGGAUCCACGCUGUUCGCUAUCAGAUUCUCUACUUGUAAUAGGGUUUGUAAGCGAACAGCAUGGAUCCUGAUCAGACUGCGUGGAUGCGCAGGCUGGUCUGGAUCCAUGCUGGUCGCAAACCCAUUAUGUUGGUUUUGUCGUGACGCGGCUCAUUUAUUUAAACUAUCGAGUCCGCUUCCUGGAAGCAACCAGUACUGGUGUCAUAUGAAGAAACGUGGUCGUGAUCCGAUUAGGGCUCGAACCCAUAGGUUGAGAGGCAGACACUUUACCCCCUUUCUAUUUUAUUUAUUGAUACCCGUCAUACUUGCUUAUUAACCUUGUGUGCACCAAUAUGAGAAUUAAUACAGCCAUUGUGUAUUUAGUUAUGUUUGUUUUCAAGAUAUAAAUAUAUGUGAAUUAUUUUAUAUGCAAUUUUACUUUUAAAGAAAUAACAUAUCUCCUUAGUUUAUCUCCGGUAAAUAUUUACAAAUUUGUCUACGUCUGAAGUGUUUUGGAGAAGUAAAAUUUAUUUAUUUGUUUUACAGAAUUGUGAAAAUGAUUAGAAAUAUUUGAAGUAGAAUUUAUCAACUUCAUUUUAAAGACAGGAAAAAGGGUUCAUUUUUUGUAAAUUCGGAGAAAAAAAUCAUUGAAUGUUGCAGAGAACUGUAAAUCCUUAUGCCAAUCUGAUAAAAAAUUAGCUCUAAAUAACAGUCCGCUUUAAGAUCUUAACUUUAAUCAGAUUGAUCCUUAUGUAUUCUUUACUUUUAUUCAUUUUUGGGGGUAUUUUUUACUAAGUUUUACCAAGUUUAUAUUGAAUAUAAAAUGUUUUUACUCUUUGAGAGUUAAUUUUGAGGGAUUUCUUGUUUUCUUUUUAUCUGUUAAAAUGUGAUAUCACUUUUUUUAAAACUUAUUUCAUAUCUCCAUCACUACAUUUCUAUAAUUUUGUUAUUCUUUAAUUCAUUAAAUUGCACCUUUGUAUUUGGAGAAAAUAAACUAAAUGUCAAAAUG